AAAAUGUGGCGAGCCCUGCGAUGUCAAGCUAAUCCCCUGCUGAGCACGGCCAGGUUCUUCAGUUCUUCAGUCGCUCGAACACGACAAAGGGUUUCGCGCAAUAUUCCACUAGCAGACGACUUGGCAGAAUGGGAUUUGGAAGCGGAUUUCUCAGAGUUUCAGGGUGAUGAUAUACCCGCUACCGGACACAUGUACUUGGACCAGCAGCGACAGGUCGCCCAUUACCUACGCCUCAUCGAAAAUGAAUUGCCCGAACUGGUUGCCUUCCGCAAGCCUUUCGUCCCACCGUCGGCUUCGACUCCCCUCGUCGUCCGGUCUGUGGACUAUGCCGGUGAGAGUCAUCCGGCAACCGUCAAGCGUAGUGUCGUGGUCCCAGUCGCGCAACUACCGCUGAAGAAUGAGGCUGCUGUACACAGAGCCAAGUUACUUGCCGGAGUGCGUUGGUCGAUAGAGCCGCCGAAGAAUUCUGGAGUGCAAUGCAACAGCGAAGAGGGGAAGCAUGGCUACAUAAAAAUUUCGUGCGAAGACUUCCCUCGACCAUCGAUGAACUUGAAAUGGAUUAGUGACACGAUCGACGGGCUCGUUGCCGAAGCCAACGACGAAAAUCACAAGGCUUACCAAGAUCUGCCCCUCGACACGAGACACCUAGAAGCGCAGGUCAUGAAAGCUAAGGAAGGUGAACACGCACGAGGCAGAAAUCGUCGACCGAGCAUAAAGGACUUCCCUACCGAAUGGCUUGCGCGAUCGGUAUCUCAAAGUGUGCAGCCAACAACCAAUUCGUAGACCUUUAUAAUGACAUUGUCUUUGAUAUUUCUGCAUGUCAUUUUGUCGUGUGGCACACGCGGUGUACUUUACAGCAUUCUGGACCGGUAUGUUUCAUGAUAAUGCAAGGUGGUUCUUUGUUUCAGGUGAU